AUGAAGUUCUCACUCUCCAUGAUCACCGCCGCGGCAAUCCUUUCACCUCUUGUGGCUGCCGAUUUCGAUAUCUUCUACCAGGCACCAGCUAGUAGAUACGGUGGCGAAAGUGUCUGGCAAGCUGUGAACAAUGAGGCCAGCACCACGGACUGUACGAGUAUGGUUGGAACGAGAACCUACCUUGUCAAAGAAGAUGUCAGCGGAAAGAAGGUCGGAUUCCGUUGCAAAGGCAAGGGGUGCCAUCUUGAUGGCAACGUCGACGACAUUGAAGAACUGGAAAUGAAUUUUGGGCACAAGGGUAGCACUGUUUACCAUUUCACUAUUCGUCAAUGGUUUCGCGAGGAUAACAAGUGGUGGAUGGUCGGUUUGGAUAACCAAGUUUACGGCUAUUGCUCCCCCGCGACUGAGAGAGCGUAUGCGUGCCUUGCUCACCAGGGUAAGCAAAAGUUCUUUUGCAAGAUUGACGGGCUGUCAGAAGACGACAUUAUCAGAGAUGUUAGGGAAUGA